AUGGGUUACGAUAAUAUUCUUAAAAAUGCCAUAGACAACGAAGGAAAAACUGCUUUACAUUAUGCAGUUUUAAAUAAUAAUGCUAAAAUUGCAAUUAGUCUGAUCCUGUCUGGCCUCUGCGAUGCUUUUGUUCUUGACAAGGAAGGAAAAACCGCUCUUCACUAUGCAGUUAUAAAUGAUAAAACCGAAGCUUUAGAUAAACUGAUCGAGUAUCGCCUCUGCGAUGUUAAUAUUCCUGACAAGGAAGGAAAAACCGCUCUACACUAUGCAGUUAUAAAUGAAAAUGUCAUGGUUGUAAUAUCUCUGACCACCUAUGGCCACUGCGAUGUUAAUGUUCCUGACAAGGAAGGAAAAACCGCUCUACAAUAUGCAGUUAUAAAUAAUAUAACCGACAUUGCAAGACUAUUAGCCAAGGAAGACAACAUUGAUGUAAAUGCAACUGAUAAUGAUGGGAAAACUGCUCUACACUAUGCAGUUAUUAAUGAACAAGUUUCCCUCAUAAAGCUCUUGAAAGGUUCAAAUGGCAGUUGUGUCAAUGUUGCUGACAAUGAUGGAAAACUCCCCCUUCACUAUGCAGUAAUAAGUAAUAAUAUUAAAAUUGCUAAAAAGCUCCAAAAAAUCACUAAUGAUAUAAGAAAACGAGAUAACAAUUCGAAGUUUCCUCUUCAAUACGCAGUAAACAAUUAUGCAAUGUUCAUUACACUAAUUACGCCUAGAUAUACAAAUAAUAAUGCAUAUGAUUUAGAGGAUGCUCUGGAAUGCUUUGAAGAGGCUAAGAAGAGCAUAAAAAGUGAUAUUGCUGCGUGGGAGGGUGGUAUGUGGACACCUGGAGAUGACUAA